CUCUCUCUACUCUUUACAGUUUAUAGAGUAAUUUACUAGCAGAGAUUUUACUUAGAUCACUGCCGCAGUACAUGGAUCUAUGAACUGUACUCUGGAACCAGCUGCAUUAUUGUUGCUGUUGAGCUAGGGUUUACUGAUUACCGUGCUGGAUUUAGAAUUCGAAGCUUAAAACGAUAUGAAAUCUUGCGGACAAGUGAAUGGAGGGUUUUUUUGGGAAGUGCUUAGUGGAAGGUUUUUGUUCUGAGAACAAUGCAUGUGAAUUGCCUUACGGAGAGAGAAGAUGCUUCUUUUUCUUCUUCAUCUGCUCACUCUGCUUCCUACUAAUUUCGGGACCCAUUUACGGCAAAUCUACCUAUCUCCGUCUCAGUUGCCAAGCUUACCAUCUUCUGCAAGGAAAAAUUCUCUAGAACACGUGCUUCAGGCUGAAUCUGAAUCAGCUAUGUACUCAGUGUCCGCAGCAAGCAUAACUUCAAUGAGUGCAUCAUUUGCUCCAUUUGUAGCAAAGCAGAGGCGGUGGUCUAAGCCUUCUUUGUAUUCCUCUGCUGCACCUGCUCUUUCUCCAGCAUCUCAAGGUGAACUUCCUAGUCCUGCUGGUAGUACCUUGCCAAGGCAUCACCACCAUGCUCAUCGUGUGAAAACUCCUGUGAUUUCUCCAUCUCCUUCUGCUACACCUGGUAAAUGUUCAGUCAAUGACAUCUUUCUCACCCUCACUCCAAUGUCGGAGAUUGGAAAUAGAUUUACAUUCUAGGGAGCCUGAAUCUGUAGCCAGUGGGAAGGCUGACGAGAAAGGGUUUAUCUAAAUCUAAUUUCCUCGGGGACGUGAAUUUCAAGUAAUCUUUUGAUACAAAUGCAAAAUGGAAAACUAUCCAUUGAUGUUAUUUUUGGUAUAAUAGAAGUUACAAGCUGCGAAAGACAACUCAACUGCCACAAUAUUCCUGAGUCCUGAGCAUCUUACGAAGAUAUUGACUAGUACUUGUGCUCUAAGAUCCCAAUUUUUUUAUUUGCUAAACAAAACAAAUGUUAGACUACUUAAUACCACACAAGCUCCAUUUUAUUAAUAUUACCUGCUAGACUGUGUCUUUUGCUUGUUAUUUACGAUUUUAUAUUGUUCAUCUCAACAGAAGUCAACCUCUUGAAUAUUACC